AUGCGACUCGUAUGGAAGCAGUUUGUGCCAUGGCUAACUGUUAACCAUGCAGACAAAGUGGGUAAACUACGUGUCCUUCAAGUCAAGGUCAGCGACAUGGUCAGUGAAGUAGAACUCCGACAGUGUGAAAGUAUUUUGAACAGUGAUCCUUUCAAAGAAAUUCACCUGAUUUGGAUGCAAUACUUGCGCUCUGAGAAUGGCCCACUGUCCUGCUUUUGGAUUUCGUACAUUGACAUUGUCGGUGAUGUACUACUUGGAUUGAUUCGAGCAUCUCGUGAAGGUAACUGGCAGCUACAUCUCUACGCCAUUCGUAAUAUGAUCCCGUGGUGCUUCGCGUACGACAAAAUAAACUAUGCUAGGUAUCUACCUGUCUACUACACUCAGAUGAUAAAUCUCCCCUCCGAACACCCAAACGUGUAUUCCAACUUCAUGAAUGGAAGAUUUUCCAUUCAACUUGCUGGAGAAAGCCCUUUUGGGCACAUCCCUGUAGACCAGACCACGGAAGUCACUGUCAACAAGGACACGAAGUCAAGUGGGGGCAUUACCAAGUAUAGUCUAAAGACAGGAGCGGUGACUAGAUUCUGCAUGACAGCUGAGUACCGAUGCUCCUUUGUUGCUCAUUUGAGAGACAUGGUCCAAGUCAAGGGCCCAUCCUAUCAUCAUGACGAAAUGCUGUCUACCAGGAAAAGCAAAGACGAGCAAGCAGUAACAACAAUAGAGAGUCUGAUUGAAGGCUGGAACAAUCCCUUCACAGAGAGGAAAGAGCUUGUGAGUUCAUCAACUGCCAAACAAGCGCUGGAAAUGUAA